AUGCUUUUUUACGGAGGAGCCGAUAAAGCUGCCAGCGAGCAUCAAGAGCUGAUCGAUCCACCGCCUGGCGAGGGGAAGGCCGGCGUGCAAGCUGACGCCGCCGCAAGCACGAUAUUGGCCGGCAGCAAAACGUCGGAGCCAUCCAGCGGCCAUCAGGCAGGCGAACGCACGUGCAGUGAUCACCGAUGUUACACACGGCUUGCAGCAAUACGGAUUCAUUCAAGGCCCACGGAAGACUACGCACGGUAUUCUGACGAUGAAGUCGAGUGA